GGAGGCCCGAGAGCGACAUGUCCCGGGUUGCUGAGGCAGAACGGUCCGUGGCGCUGUUUUACUGAGUCGGGGGCGGCCUGGCAGCCGGCCGAGGACGAGGGUCGGCAGGGGCUGCCCCCGCAGUGCUGGCCGCCAUGCUGAGGCCCCGGGCAGCUGAGCGAGCCGCUGUGGCCCUUCUCCGGCUGCUGCUGCUGCUGCUGCUGUUACCGGAGCUCCGGGAUCCGGGGCUCGGCGUGGUCGGCGCCGCCGGGGCCGGACUGCCAGAGAGCGUCAUUUGGGCAGUCAACGCGGGCGGCGAGGCGCAUGUGGACGUGCACGGGAUCCACUUCCGCAAGGACCCUCUGGAAGGCCGGGUGGGCCGAGCCUCAGACUAUGGCAUGAAGCUGCCAAUCCUGCGCUCCACCCCAGAGGACCAGAUCCUGUAUCAGACCGAGCGGUACAAUGAAGAGACCUUCGGCUACGAAGUCCCUGUGAAGGAGGAGGGUGACUACGUGCUGGUGCUGAAGUUUGCUGAGGUCUACUUUGCGCAGUCACAGCAGAAGGUGUUUGAUGUCCGAUUAAACGGCCACGUUGUGGUGAAGGACUUGGACAUCUUCGAUCGUGUGGGGCACAGCACGGCUCACGACGAGAUCAUCCCUAUGAGCAUCAGGAAGGGGAAGCUGAGUGUGCAGGGGGAGGUGUCCACCUUCACUGGGAAGCUCUCCAUCGAGUUUGUCAAGGGUUACUAUGACAAUCCCAAAGUCUGUGCGCUCUACAUCAUGGCUGGGACGGUAGACGAUGUACCAAAGCUGCAGCCUCAUCCAGGAUUGGAGAAGAAAGAAGAGGAAGAAGAGGAGGAAGAAUAUGAUGAGGGGUCUAAUCUUAAAAGACAGACCAACAAGAACAGGGUGCAGUCAGGCCCCCGCACACCUAACCCCUAUGCCUCGGACAACAGCAGCCUCAUGUUUCCUAUCCUGGUGGCCUUCGGAGUGUUCAUUCCAACGCUCUUCUGCCUCUGCCGCUUGUGAGAACAAAUAGCCAUCCUUAGCAGGGUGGAGGGGAGUGGGAAAGAAACCAGACAUGUUGGUUUCUGUAUUCUUCACAGUGUUUAACAAAAGAGAAAAGAAAUCAAACAGCAUACACACACAUACACACACGUGCACCAUGAGCGUGCACACAUACACACACACACACACACACACACACACACACACACACACAUACAAAGAGAUAAGCAGAGUGAGUGGGGUCACCUCACCAACACUGGCCGCAGAGCUGCUCAGUCCUGCUCUGCCUAGCUGGCCCCCAGCUCUCCCUCUCUCUGGGGUACUUAGGUGAGGGGAACCCUUCCUCUCCAGGGGUCCUCAUUAUACACCUAGUAGAAAGGACUCUGAACUCAGAGCAGUCACAGUUCCUGCUGUUUGUAGGUUAGACAUUAACAAACAGCAGAGAAAUGUCACAGUAAUCUGGAAAGACCGAACUGGGAGUUGGGUGUGUUCUGAGUUUCUGUCCAGAUGUGCUUUCAGAAGUCAUGGUAUUCCAAGUGUGUGUGUGGAGGUGAAUAAGUUGUACAAAGAAAAGAGCAAAGGCUUGGAAAAGAAAGGCAGGGCUUCUUUCCUGGAAGCGUUUCUGGGUUAACCUGUUGAUGUCUCCACCUCACGUGUCUCCCUUGUCAUCUCUCAUCUUGUGUGCCAGUUCGAGGGCUGUCUGGUCUCCAAGACGACCAGUGUAUGUCAGGUCCUCAGAUUGCCUACAGCUUGUUACGACAACAGAUCGUUUUGAUUUUAGUGCCUGUUGAGGACUUGAUUUCUUCUUGAUUUUUCUCUUAAUCUGGUUCAUUUGAAAUUUCUCUCUUCUUAACUGUAGAGCUAAGUUAUUGUCAAAACUGGGCAGGAGACAGGAGAUUGGAGUUCUCUCUGCUGGGGUGUCUGACCUUCCACCACCUCACCUUGUUGGUACCUCCCUCCCUGACUUCCUGAGCCAGCAGCUCUUCCUGGCCCCUCCAUGGGUCUCGCUGCCAGGGGACAGGGAUGCUUUCCAGCCUCAGCGACAGAGCACUUGACCUUAAAAGUCUCUUCUAGUCUUUGGAUUAGAAAAGGCUCAUGUUAGCAACCUCAGAGACUUGAGCCCUGCUAAGUAACUGACCACUGUUUCCAAUGUCCAGAAUCUGAUGUCCAUCUGUCCCUGUGGUCUCUCCUCUGUCAGCUAGUUUAGGCUAUGCCUAGAGUCACCCCAGUGUUAAGACUGGCUGCACCAGCCCAGCUGUUUUCCCAUUGAUCAUAAUGUGCGCUUUCCUGCCCUCUCCCUCUCCCCAUUCGAGUACGAUGACAGGACUCAGAGAGUCCUAGUCAGCCGGGGCUCUGGAGGCUCUGAAUGUCUAACUUUAGCAUCAAAGUGUCUGUCUCAAAUUCCCAGUAAACACCUCUGUAGGGGAUGAAGUUUCUGUGUCCCCCGUCUUUCUUUUGGUCACCUUCGUCUGUUUGUAAGUUAAGACAUAGUGAGGGACAACCCAGCUGUGAUAAAAGGGAUUUUCUAGGUCAGAAGCAGCAGAAUUUGCUUCCGCUUGAGUUGGAGCAGUAUAAGUCUCAGGCCAGGCCCAUAUUUCUGAAUGUGUUUAAAUUUUAAGUUUGCCUUAUCAGACAUUGAGCUGUGUGGGACACAGCAGCAGCUCUUGGGCCAGUCUUGACUGUGGCUCCUAAUGACGACUCCAGGCUAGCACUUAGUCAUUUGAGAACUGUCUUCUGUUUUCUCUGUGACUUAGGCUAGCCCUAGGGUACUGAGUUGGCAGCUGCAUAGUGAGCCCUGAAGUUGCUGUCAGGAGCACUUCUUGGGGUGCUUGCAAAGGUCCUGUAAAACAGGGCGAGGUACUACGGUGGUCUUAGGGACUACCUGCCUAGGGCAACAGGUGUGCUGACUGACCAGGCUUCUGACAGUGGCUUUGGUUCCUGACCCGUUCCUAUUUACAAACCUGUGGGCCCACUGUCAGCACAUUAAACGAGAUGGAGGACAGCUGCCUCCAUGUGGCCUUGUUUGCCUGGGUCUCUGAGCAAGGAGGGGUACAGCUUUCUCACCCCAACUCAUCCCUUUGGUGACUCAGAGUCUCAGAAGGAAACCCUGACUCCUGGGGCCGUUUCCUAAUGGUACUGUAAGCCAAGCAGCUCGCCUCUGCCUCUGUUUCCAAGCCCACCCCUUCCCGGAGGGAUAGGGAUGGGUGCUUUCCUCUCUAGUUGUGUCUGAACGGAAGGAACAUCUUUCUGUAGCUAACAAAAACUAAAAGGGAAGUGAGGAAACAGAAGGGAAGGAGUAUGCCAGGGGCUGGGGGAGAGUCCCCUAAACCAAGCCUGCCCAGCUAAGAGCUGCUUCACAGUGAACUUGAAAGCUUUCCCUUCCUCUGAGAUGGUGUAGGUACUUGAGGUUUGGGUUAAAGGGGUUGGGUGGGGCAGCUUUAUUUUUAUUUUUGUAUUGUGUGUGUCAAGAAUGACUCCAUUGUUCAUGUUGCUUUUUGCACUGUUUGUUCCCCUCUGUGUUUUGAGCUAGAACAAGGAGUUGCCUGGGAUCUGGAGCUGUGAGUGGUGCUGUCAGGGGGUGGGGCAGGAGAGGCCCAGGUUUUCUGUCUUGAGCUAUGCUCGCACCCAGGAUUUUAGAGCCCACUGUUCCAGCAGUGGAGAGAAAGAUACAAGAGCAGAGUCUGGUUCUGUUCGUGUCUUGGGAGGAUCGAGCAAUGACAGCUGAGUUGAGUCUGCAAGUUCAGUGUGGUUUAGGUCAGUCUGACUGGGUUGCUUUAGGUCUUAUUCAAACUAUCUUACACAUUGUGCCAAGACAUGAUUUGUGGGACUUAUGUCCCUAACCAUUAAAUCUAUUGUCUGCAAAGUCCACAGUCCUGCGGAGGAGCUGCCCACUAGACACCCACAGAUCUGGCAGUUUGAAAGGCAGCCUUCAGAUGCCCAUCGUGUGAGAGGCUCUGCCUGUUGAUGAAGUAUGUGACUUUUUCUCCUGUUCCUGCUGAAUAGGAGAUCCCAGGGUCACUUGCGCCUCAGUGAGCUGGGUAGAGUUGUUUGACUCCCUCCCGCCUUGUGUGCCUAGGAGCAGUUUCAGAACUGGGGUUUGAUUUUUUCAUUUUGGCGAGAAGCUUCUGUUUUAAGGAAUUUCUCCUUGUCUCGUUCCUGCCUCUCCUGGGAAGGCCUGGCCCUGGUCUAGAGUCUUAGCAAGGAUCUGAGGAACAGCGCAGUUUUCCCUUCUCUUAGUGCUCAGAGCCCCCUCUCCUUAGAAACUGGCCCACCUUUCAGAGUCCAGGGAGGAGUCAUUAGGGAGUCCUUCGCUCUCCUCCCUGGGAACUGGGGAAGGACCCGCCCCGGUCAGCACAGUGCCUUUUCCUCUCUGCUCUGAGUCAGGUGGGCAUCCUCUCUAGAUCCAGGUCUGGGCAGGGGUCCGAUAGUCCCUGCUGUGGGCUGUCUCCCUAUCUCUCCCCUUCUUCGAUGGCCUACUCUGACACAAUUCAGGUGUCUUCUUACCUUGAGGAACCUUAAUGGAAUUGUGGCCACCACGUGUGACUCUUCUAGGAGACUAGAGACCUGGGAGAGCACGUGAGCAUUCUCAAUGAGACACUAACAGAUGCUCCUGCUGUGGCCUCUGAAGAAGGUGACUCUCAGCUAAGACAGACAAACCGCAGACACCCAGGAUCUGCUCGGAGAUGGCAGAAGAGGUCGGCCUCUCUUAUAGGGAAGAUGUAAUUAGGGAUCAAAGAGCACUAAGAAAAUUGCAAAGAAGCCUUACUGCUUAUACCGGAGAGUUUGGGCAGCUUUAUCUUCCAGGUGGAACUAAAACUGUCUGGGUUGGACUUCCCUUACACAGGAGAGGGCAAGGAUCGAUUUCUUCAUGGUGGUAGAUGACUAGCAUGGUACUGGUGGUCAGCUGCCCAGGGAGGGCUGCAUUCUCUGUACGCAUAUGGCUUGCUGCCCAUCUGCUCUGUCUUUCCCGGGCUGCUUUUGCCUCAUUUCUCUAGGUGGACAGACCAUCUUGAUAAGAGCAGAUCUGGGGACUGGUUGCAUUGGCAGGAAAAGAACAGAGUGCAUGUCUUGGGAUGGGCUUCUCUCAGGAGUGUAAAAACAAGGGGCCAGGACUGUGCUGGCAGCCGGGGAGACAGGAGUGCCUGUGGGAGUUGGCAGGGAAGGCCUUGGCACAUUUGCAUCCAGGCAUCUUGUGAGAUGGAAGCACAGAGCAUCGGGAAAAGCAGAACUCUAUCCUCACCUCUAUUUUGAGCUUAGUGCUUUAUUUCAGUAUGAGGAAAAACAACAACAAACUGAAGUGUGCUUUCCGUCCUUUCAAAGGACAACUGUCAGGAAACGGUUGAGGUGCCAGGUGGGAGGGGAGACUUGGCAAGGAGAGAUGUCGUGGCAAAACUAGAAAAAGAGACAUUCUUGGCUCUUCUUUCCUGGUGUGCCAUGAUCCAGGGAAUGAAAAGAGAUUUGACCCUGGGUUAGUUCCUUCGUUGGAGUUAAGGAGCAUUACCUUUUCACAAAGUUCCCCGGGAUAGGAUGGCUGUCCACUCUAAGCUCAGGGUAGCCUCUUCAACCACUGUUGGCCCAGCCUGGUUUGUGAGGAAACCAACCCCAUCCCUCAGUCUUGAACUCGGCUCCUUCUGUGGAAUGCAGUACUGGAGAACAGGCAUCAAGUCCUAGCCUUUAUAGCUCGUACUCUUUCCCGUUUUCCCUGUGAGACCAGACUGACUCUGGCCACACCGUGCAUUCACAGCAGUGUGGCAAAGUAUAUUGAGGAACCUUGAACCUGGCUGGCCAGGGAAGCAGCAGGGGUCGUUGUUCCUUCUGGGCUGUCUCCAUCCAUCUCUACCCCUUCCAUGCCCCACCCCACUUCCACCAAAAAGUAAAAAAUCAGGAUGUUUUUCACUGUCCAUUGCUUUGUGUUUUAAUAAACAAUUUGCAGUGAU